AGGAAUAAUAUUGGUGAAAUAUUAUCUUUUACAAAAAUGCAUUUAUUUUGGUAAGCAUAUGUCCGCUUGGCUUCUUUAGAAAAAUUCAUUCCUCUUUGAAUGUUGUUUUUUAUUCCCGUCGUACAGAUCAAAAACCAAACAGUCCCUCUCGACCUACUGGAUUCGCGUUUUGCUUUUGAUCACAUCUUCGUCAUUGAGCUUCUUCUUCUUCUCGAUCCCUGUUGGUUUUGGUUGUUGUUUUUGAUGAACUGAUAGUGGAGAUCAGAGAUCUGGAAAACAGAGCCGUGUGUUACUGUUUUGGAUUGAUGGAACUGAAGAAACGUUGUGAGAAAGUUAGGGAAACUGUGAAGAAAUGAAGUUUUACAUAUCAGCGACGGGGAUUAAGAAGGUUACGAUAUCAAAUCCCGGCGUCGGAAUCGGUAAAGGAAGCGGAGGAUGUGCGGCUGCAGCGGCGGCGUUAGCAGCGCGGAGAUUCUCUAGUCGCACGUUGUUACUGUUGCUGCUGCUGCUCGCUAUCGUCCUCCCUUUUAUCUUCGUCAGGUUCGCGUUUCUCGUCCUCGAAUCUGCCUCCGUUUGCGAUUCACCACUCGAUUGCAUGGGACUCAGACUUUUCCGUGGGGGCGACACAUCUCUGAAAAUUGGGGAAGAGUUGACACGGGCUCUAGUGGAAGAGACGACAGAUCAUCAGGACGUUAAUGGAAGAGGAACGAAGGGAUCAUUGGAGUCAUUCGACGACCUUGUUAAGGAGAUGACGUUAAAACGCCGUGACAUAAGGGCGUUUGCUUCCGUGACUAAGAAGAUGCUGUUGCAGAUGGAACGUAAAGUCCAAUCAGCGAAACAUCAUGAGUUAGUGUACUGGCAUUUAGCCUCUCACGGUAUUCCUAAAAGCCUCCAUUGCCUUUCCCUCAGAUUAACUGAAGAGUACUCUGUAAAUGCAAUGGCUCGAAUGCGUUUGCCUCCGCCUGAGUCCGUAUCACGUCUGACCGACCCAUCUUUUCAUCAUAUUGUCCUCCUGACUGACAAUGUCCUUGCUGCCUCUGUCGUCAUAUCGUCUACUGUACAAAACGCUGUGAAUCCCGAGAAGUUUGUCUUUCAUAUUGUUACCGAUAAGAAAACCUAUACCCCUAUGCAUGCUUGGUUUGCUAUCAACUCUGCUUCAUCACCAGUUGUUGAAGUAAAGGGACUUCAUCAGUAUGAUUGGCCUCAAGAAGUGAACUUCAAAGUUAGAGAGAUGCUGGACAUUCACCGCUUAAUUUGGAGACGACAUUAUCAAAAUUUGAAAGACUCUGAUUUUAGUUUUGUUGAGGGUACUCAUGAGCAGUCCUUGCAAGCUCUAAAUCCUAGCUGCCUUGCCCUUUUGAACCAUCUUCGCAUUUACAUUCCCAAGCUUUUUCCAGAUCUCAACAAGAUAGUGUUGUUGGAUGAUGAUGUAGUAGUACAGAGCGAUCUUUCGUCUUUAUGGGAAACGGAUCUCAACGGUAAAGUUGUUGGUGCUGUCGUUGAUUCGUGGUGCGGAGACAACUGUUGCCCCGGAAGAAAAUACAAAGACUAUUUCAACUUCUCACAUCCUUUGAUCUCAUCAAACUUAGUUCAAGAAGACUGUGCUUGGCUUUCUGGUAUGAAUGUCUUUGAUCUCAAAGCCUGGAGACAAACCAAUAUUACUGAAGCUUACUCUACAUGGCUAAGACUCAGUGUUAGGUCAGGACUACAAUUAUGGCAACCAGGGGCUUUACCACCGACAUUACUUGCUUUCAAAGGACUUACACAGUCUCUUGAACCAUCAUGGCACGUCGCUGGACUAGGUUCUCGAUCCGUAAAAUCCCCUCAAGAGAUUCUGAAAUCUGCUUCGGUUUUACAUUUCAGCGGUCCAGCAAAACCGUGGCUAGAGAUCAGUAACCCUGAGGUACGAUCUCUUUGGUAUAGAUACGUAAAUUCCUCCGACAUCUUCGUUAGAAAAUGCAAAAUCAUGAACUGAGACUAAAAAACAGAUUAGAAAACAAAUAUAAAGAAAAGAGAAAACUGAGUGAUGAAGCCAAUACUUGCGGCUGUGUGAGAGAACAGAGGGAAGAAGGUUUAAGCCUUCAGCCUCUGCUCAUAUUUCUCUCAUGUCCAUAUACUAAACAGUAAUUUAGAUAAAGGACAGUAUCAAAUUAGACUUUAAGCGUAUGAAGCUUCUUUUUGAGAUCAUUAUCUCAAGUAGUAACUAUAGUAAAAAAUGUAAUUUUGUUUAAUUAUAGCUACACAUUAAUUUAUCACAUUAUAGAUCUUUUGUAAGUUUUUAUUUUUGUAAUCCAUAAUUAAUUUAUGGACAUGUUGUAAUGAUUUUAUGAUCAAUGUUUAUAGUUUUGCUUGUCUCUAA